AUGGCCCCUUGGACUCUGUCAGUCAACAACCCGAUGGGCCUCAUGUUCACCUUCAACUUCAGCCAACCGUUCAGUACCUCUGACAACCUGACGGCCCUUCUCGACCCACUUUCCAAGGCUCGCGGAGGCUUCGGCUCUAAUGCGAGAGGCGAAUCCCCCAACUUUUUCGAUGGCGCCCUGCUGGGAAACGACGCCGAAGUCACCCUGUUCGGUGGCCUGGUCAAGAAGGCAGAGCUCGACAAGGCACCCGCGGAAGACGAGGUGCUCACGUACCAGCGUUAUCAGUAUGGUCCGGAACGGGGCAACUUCAGACCAAACUUUGUCACCAACGAGCUCGACGGCGUCUCGCGGUACAUCACCGACGGAGGCGCCGCCAGUGCGCCGUCUGAGAACAAGGCUUGGUACUUUGGUGGAUUGAGGGGCCCAGAAUGGGGGCCGAUCUUCCAGAGGAGCGCCAACAUGUCCGAGAAUGCGGCGAACGUGUCGCAUACACUGAUUACGCUGGACAUGAAGGACCAGCUGACGCCCGUCUGGACGAAUAAGACUCUCCCGGAGAGCAUUCAGGGACGGGCCAACCCUGAGGUUGUCUGGGUCCCGGUCGGUGAACAGGGCAUUUUGGUGGUUAUCGGUGGCGUCACAUACCCUGACUGGGUGUCGCCCACGCGCAGGGUCGGAGAACGCGGCGCAGAAAAGGAAGAGAGCGACAAGUUCAUGCAGGACAUUGACAUCUACGACAUUGCCAGCGACGAGUGGUACAAGCAGCCGUCCUCGGGCGCACCGACUGCCAGCACGCGAGGUUGUGCCGUCCUCGCGUCCGCCCAGGACGGCUCCAGCCACAACAUCUACUACUAUGGCGGAUAUCCCGGUGUCGACCCUCGCGAAGACUUUAGCGACGAAGUCUGGGUCCUCUCGCUGCCUUCCUUCACCUGGACCAGAGUCACCGAGAUGCGGUUGGACUUUGCCAACACAGGCCAUAGUUUCGCGCGGGUGGGACACAAAUGCUUCAAGCCUUACCCCGAUCAGAUGUUGUCCUUCGGCGGCACGACUCAAUUAACGGGGAUCACUCCGGCGUGUCUGAGGCACAACAGCAUCAUCCAGGCGUACAACCUAAGCAGUGCUGAAUGGAUGGACUCGUAUGACCCGCGAGAAUACGCCAACUACACCGUGCCCAGUGCUGUGUUGGCUGUCAUCGGAGGCAACCCUACAGGCUCAGCGACAGCUACCAGUCCAGCUGCAUCGGGAGGAUGGGUCGACGAUGAGCUGGCAGACAUCUUCGACACCGAGUACAACACGGACAAGAUCCGGCAGUGGUUCCCUUAUCCUGUCAUCGAAGACAACACCCGGCCUACCAUUCCCGACGAUGGCAGUGGCGACAACGAUGACAACAGCGGAGGCGGAGGCGGCGGCACUCCCAAAUGGGUCGCACCCGUGGUCGGUGUCAUUGGCGGCCUCAUAGUCCUGACCGCGUUCCUUGUCGGCUUCUGCCUCUGCCGCAAACACCGCGACAUUCGCCGCGGCGACUACAGCGCGGCCGGCACGGACGAGAACGGCAUGCGCGUGCUCUCCUGGAUGCGCGGCCACCACAGCGUCGCCAAGGACCCGACCGUCACCACCGAGGAGACAAAGUCCAAUCUAGACAUGGCCGAAGCGCCGCGCUCCCCGCCCGUCGCCUUCGCCGCCGCCGCUCCUGAUCGUGAUCGGCAAAGCCCCCACGCCGAGCUCCACGACGUCUUCAUCGCCGAACUCCCAGACACGUCGCGGCCGCCCGAACUGCACGACACGGGCCUCACGCCGGUCGAGACCAUCCCGAAGCGCUCCCACUUUGCCACGCCCGGCGCCCGCCCCUCGGGCAACCCGUCCUCCUACUACGGCUCCGUCUCCGGGAACGAGGAGUCCUCCAUCUCCCGCUCCUCCGGCGUCCUCGGCGCCCAGUCCCGCGGCCAGUCCCCCUCGCCCGCGCCGCCGGGGCCGCCGUCCCCGCCCAUACCCGGCAGCAGCGGCCGCCCCGGCGCACGGGCGAGCAACGUCUCCGGCCUCAGCGAGCCGGAAAAGAGCCACCUCAGACAGAUCAGCGAAGCGACGGUCAGCUCGGCCACGUCGUCGGCGGAGAGGGUCCCGCAGGUUGCGAGGCCAGCCAAGGAGCCCGCGACGCCCACGAGCCCCGGCGCCGUCAGUCCGCCGACGGGGGGCCCGGCGGACGAGAGCGAGGACUACGUGUCGGCGAAGAGCCCGCUGCGCCGAAGCGUCUUCCAGGAGAGCGAGGAUGAUCUCGGGGGCAAAAGAUGA